AUGACCAGCGACGCGGAGACUCUUCGCAUCUCGGUCGAGCGCGUACAAGCGCCGCAGGGGACGCCUGAAGUGCUUCUGGAUACCUUGGCCCCGGCGCAUGCCCCGCUGGCGUCGGAGCGUGCCUUGUUGGACAUCCACGCCGACGGCCAGCGUAUAGUCGCGCCGCGAUUGUCAUAUAUGGAAGCACAGCGUGCACAGCGUUUGCGUUUAUGGGCCGAGCGUGGCGAGUUUAGUGAUGUACAUGCAUCUGCUUUGCACACCUCUACGCCGACGGCCAGCGGGGCUGCUUCGUCUACGGAUCCUCUCGCAGCUCUGCAGGCAGCGUACGAGCCGCCGACAUCGUCGACGACCACCGAACCUGCGUCUUCGGACGCGGCCCAGGUGGUCAGCAAGCCAGGUACGAUUCGCGAGAGUGAGUUUGUGCCGUUUCGCGAUGCGAUGGUCCAUCAACUUGAAGUGGCUCUUUUUCAUGCAGAGCAAGCACAAAAUUUGCUGGGCAUGCUCAUCCAGCAUUCACGGACCGAGCCAACAAACACUGUGCUCGCCGCCCAGAGUGAAUACUUCCUUGACCCGCAGUCCAUCUCACUCAGUGCGUUAGAGCGUGCCUUGCCCGACGAAGCAGAACCCCCACCACCCCCGCCUUUGUCUCAGCGCAAGUUAGUCCUGGAGGAGAAACGUGCGAGUUUACGCCGCGUUGCAGCGCUCCUUUCGCAGGGUGCCGACGAGCUGCGUGCCUCUCAUACGCCGGAGCGCGAGCGCUGGCUAGCGCUCCAGCAGAUCCAGCGGCGUGGCUGGAAACUCACGCCAGGUCGGCCCUUGAUGGAUAUAGAGCGCUUUGAUACGGCGGGCACAUCGCAUCAUGUGCUCCAAGGGUUCGGUAUGCCUGUCAUGCAGGGCGACGGGUCUGUCAAAGAAGAAGGCGCGCGUGACGCAUGGAUCGGCUACGGUCCCAGUGAGGCACCGCUCUCCGUAUUGCAACGUACGCUGGCCUACUGGGCCGAUGCGUCUUCGUCCGACGAAGCGAAGUUGGCGUUCCCCGAUCGAUCCUGGCGUCGGUUGUGUGUGCAGUUCCGCGAUACAUCCCAGUCGCCCCCUCGUGUAUGGUCGAGCGCAAGCAUCCCUGAAGCGUCGGCCACGGACUAUGACGCACAGCUGUACGAUGCACAGCUGGAUGCGGUAGAUAUGGAACUGUUCCGUGAACUGAUUGCGCAGUCCGGCACACUGUCUCCUGUGUUGGGCCGUACUAUCACGGACCAUAGCAUUGAGCUGCCUCUUUCUUCGACACUCGAUGUACGUUUCGAGCUGGUACCGUAUGGAUCCGAGGAUGAGCGUGCCACCAGCACCAACCUAUUGGAGGCCGAUACUGCUUGGCCUACCCUCCUAUUGCAUGUGCUGCGUCUGCGUAUGGUGCGUGGAUGGACUCGGCGUAUCUCUGCGCUGCGGAAUACGCAUGCAGCUGCCAUCACGGUUCAGCGUCCAUCAGCACGUUCGACGCUCAUGGCACCAUUGUGGGAGCUGUACGAAUAUACCCUCUUUCUUUCUCGCUUACAAUCCUUCCUUACGAAAGCGCUGGAUCAUCACAAUACCAAGGGCACGACGCAUGCAACGAUGAUCUGGGAGCCUUACAAUGCCAUUAAGAAUGUGCACGUAUGGAUUUCUGACCUAUUGGACGUAGCGCAGGACGAUCCUCAAUCAGCCUCGCCCUGCGGCGGGAGUGUGUUGGUCUAUGUGAAUGCAACGUAUGUACCUGUCGACGCCUUACGCAGCAGUAUGAUCAUGCAGUUGAUCCUCCGUGCACCGAGUUAUAUGGUAGCUUUCUUCCCGCGUCACCCUACACCGUCUGGCCUGGGUGUUCGUAUUCCGCUGGAACUCGAGCAGCUGCCUUCGCUCCUUCUCUCCGAGCUUGCAGGGGCUUCUGCAAGUGGAGAAGCGUCGCCGCGCGAAGCCUCCACAUAG